GGAGAGAAGACACGCAUAUCAGAGAAGAGAAAAAGACUUUCGCGUACGAAGGGCAAUUGUCGAUUGAGAGUAAAGGAGAAUCAGUUUCGAAAUGACGAUGGCUACCGAAACGGAGAAUAACGGGCCCGAAAGUAAGGAGAUAAAGGACGUGAAAGAAAUGAAAGAGGCUCUGAAGGACGAGACGCCGCCGGACAACAAGCAAGAGGAGAAAGACGCCGCUAAGAAGGAGGAGGCCGGGAAAAAGGAGGAGACGGCCGACGCCGCCGGUGCCGGCGGCGGAACCGCCGCCUCCGCGGCGUCCUCCGCACCGGCGAAGCCCAUCACCGUUCACAAGACCAACUACGAGAAGGACGUUGUUUAUCUCUAUCAAUUUUUCCGUACUGCGCUUUUGCCCUCGAUUUCGCCUUACUGCCUCAAGGUCGAGACGUGGCUACGACUGAAUGGUAUCAAGUACGAGAACGUCGAUCACAAGAUGAAGUUUCGUUCAAAGAAGGGCCAGCUGCCAUUCGUCGAGUUGAACGGCGAAGAGAUCGCCGAUAGUACAAUCAUCCUUCGCGAACUUAGCUCUAAGUUUGACAAGGAUUUAGACGCUGCAUUGACGUCUGAACAACGAAGCGUAUCACACGCGAUGAUAUCGAUGAUCGAGAAUCAUUUGGUCUGGGCAGUCGCGUGCUGGCGUACCAAGAACAUGGAUCAAGUUUUGAAGGGCUACAAGGUCAAUCUUCAACAUGCCCUUGGGACACGCAUUCCAACUGGAAUUCUUAAUUUCUUCUUUAAGUUUACAUUUGGGCGCAAGUGGGAUUUAUUACAGGGUGCGAGGAAAGUGAAGGCUCAGGGUAUGGGCGUGCACACACCGGAGGAAGUCUCCCAAUUUGGUUGCGCAGAUCUGAAGGUCCUUUCCGACAUGUUGGCCGACAAACCGUUCUUCUUCGGUGACGAGCCGACUACGUUGGACGUUGUUGCAUUCGCUCACCUCGCUCAAAUUCUUUACAUCGACAAAGAGACGCCAUACAACCUGAGAGACUACAUGCAAGAGAAUUGCCCGAAUCUGGUUGGUCAUUGCUCGCGUAUGAAGGAACGAUGCUUCCCCGAUUGGGACGAGAUCUGCUCCACCUUGGACAUAAAUACGCACUUGCCGAAGCCAGAGAAGCAGGAGGAGGGUAAAGAGGGUAAGGAAGAGGCAAAGGAAUCGAAAGAAUCGAAGGAGGAGAAGGAAGGCGACAAGGAGAAGGCGGAUAAGGAGGAGAAAGAGAUGGAGAAGGACAAGGAGGUCGAUGAGAACAAAGAAAAGGAGAAGGAUGGGAAAUAAGCUGGUGGUGGUUGCGUGGCAGAAAGUAAAAUCGUUCGUUGAAAGGAUUUAACAGAGGAAUAAUUAAGGGUGUGUUGUUCGCGAGUGGGAGAAAGAGAGACGGAGCGAGUGAAGGAGAGGAAGAUUGAGAGGGAGAGAGGGAGAGAGUCUUUUGUAUGCAUGUUUGUAUGCAUGUGUCUCUUUUUUCUUGUUUGCUGUGAGCCUCUGUGUGUAUGUGCGUAUAUGUGUACGUCUGUGUGCGUAUGUAUGAAAUGAUAGGAAUGCGUAAGUAUGUCUCGAAGGAACGGACGAUGACGAUGAUGAUGAUGGCGACGACGGCGACGACACGACGACGAAGACAACGACAAUGAUAAUGACGGCGAUGAUGAUGAUGAUGAUGAUUAUAAUUGUAACGGAGAUUGCUAAGAGAGAGCUAAGAGGUUAGGAGAAGUAGGAUGAAAGAAGGAGAGGAAAGUUUGAGCGUGAGAGAGUGGGAGGGAGGGAGAAAGAAAGAAAGAGAGAGAUAGGAUGAGAACAGGACGUGAAGGAGGAAGAGAGAGAGAAAGAGAGAGAAAAGAAAAGAAGUGUUGACGAUCAGCAGUGCUCUCUACUUAUGCGUAUAUAGAUUAUUAUUAAUAGAAUCAUGUAUAAUGUUAAUACUUCGUUUAUUAUUGCGCGCGUUCGAUCGCAUCAACGUUGUACGCCAUUUCUCAUCGACACCCUUUAAGGACACGCGUGGAUUCGAGCGACGCAACUCAUCCGAGCCCUUUUUCCCACCCUCUACGUGUGCUCGUGCGUAUAAAUGUGUUUGAGAUAGUGAGAAAGAGAAAAAAAAAGAAAGGAAGAAAGAAAAAAAGAAAAAUUGAGAGAAAGUGAAAAUGAAUGAACGAAAAUGAAUGAUGACGAAUGAUUGAGAGUGAGUAAGCGAGCGAAUGAGCGAGAAAAAGAAUGAUAACCAGAGCGCUAUUAUCGUGAGUCAAAGUAGAAUCCAAGUAGGUCUUUUGCAAUAUAUCGAAAUGCAAUAGCCUAACGCAGGUGUCGUCUCUUUUUAUCAGUGGCCAAAUGCAAUCUACGCUAGGGAAGAAUAUGUGAAAUCGCAUGAAUUAUUCACGAAGAUGUUUUUAACAAAAAUUAGUAUGAGUGUAUGAGAGAGAAAGAAAGAAAGGGAGAGAGAGAGAGAGAGAGAGAGAGAGAGAGAGAGAGAGAGAGAGAGAGAGACAAUGUAAUAUCGAGAGGUCCAAGCGUCUCCUAGCGCCGUGUCGUCGUCGGGACGCUUCCUGCGUCGACCUUUUGACCCUUGCUGUGCAAAGUUACCUUGCGUUUCGUGCAACGUAACGUAUACUUCUACUUCUACUUCUUCUAGUUUCUCCCUUUAGUUGAUUGUCUGUCUCUAUUUAGGCGCGAGAAAAACUCUUUCAUCGCGACGUUUCUUUUUCUUUUCUUCUUUUUCCUUCUCCUCUUCCAUCUCCCGUUUCCUUUCAAAUUUCGCCGUUCGAUAUAGAAUCUACGAACAAUCUCCCGCAAAGAUCUAUUUAAUCGAAUUUUUACUGCUGUCUCGAAAGAACAAAAAUAAAAAAAGAAAAAAUAAAAAAAACAAUAAAAAGAAAAAAGAAAAGAGCAGCCUAAAUGCUAAAACAAAGUCGUUCGCUCGUCGAGAAAUCUCGGAUUGAGUGAAAAAAGAAGAGAACAAAAGAAAAAAGGAAUUUGAUUAAUUAAUUAAUUGAAGAUAAGGAGAUAUAUAUUAUAAAAAAUUUAAAAAACACAAAAAUUAAAGAACAUCUCUCAAAGCGCACGACUUUCGUUCCGGAGAGAAAGAUAAAUUUCUAAUGCUCGAGUGUGUAAAGGAAAGAAUGUGAAAAGAGGAAAGAAAGAGAGAGAGAGAGAGAGAGAGAGAGUGAGAGAGAGAGAGAGAGAGAGAGAGAGAGAGAGUGAGAGAGGAGGAGAGAGAAAGAGAGGAAGGAAGAAUGAUUAUGAAUGACUCCGUUCAUUCAUCCAAUUGAUUGAUCGAUCGAUCGAUCAGUCGAUUCGAUCUAUGAAAUCGAAGUUUUAGCAAUAGAAAAAAAAGAGCGUCGAGAGAAGAAAAACUCUCUCGAACGAAAAUCAUAAAUUUAAUCGAGCAGUUUAGCACGAAAGACAUCUUUUCUACAAUCUUAGUAGAUUUUCUAUUAUUAUCCUAUUUUUUUUUUUUUUAUUUUUUUAAUAAUUUUUAUAUUUACUUUCUUUCUUUCUUUUAUCCCCUCUCUUUCUCUUUCACUCUCUCUUUCUGUCCCCUCUUCUCUUUCUCUCUCUCUCAUUUUCUCACUUUGCACCAUCACUGUCAUUACUUUUUUUAAUGAUUUUAUUUUCUCUUUUUUAUUGUUCACUUUUCGUUCAUUAAAUUUCUUUUUUUUCUCUCUUCUCGUCGUUUUCUCUCAUGGCGAAUCAUCGUCGAGGCGCCCCGAGAUCGUUCACUCUUCUUCCUCCACCUUUUUGAUUUUCCUAUCCCUCUUGUUCACUUGCUUACUCCCUUCCCUUAUUCCAUCACCCUUAUUCCUUUUUUUAUUAUGUCUACCCAUUUCCUUACAUACGUGUUUUAUAAAUAUUAUAUAUGUAUCUAUGUAUAUCUCUCUCUCUCUUUCUCUUUCUCUCACGAUAAAUAGUUCGCUUUUAAUGAUCUUUUUAUCGCUCUUAUUCUUUUUUUUUCUUUUUUUUUUCUUCUUUUUUUUUAUAUAUUUUUCUUUUAUCGAUGCGUCUCUCUCUCUCUUCCCUUAUUAUAUUUGUUCGUUAAUUAUUUUCCUUUUUUUUUAUUAGUUUUCUUUUUUUUUUUUUAUUAUUUUUCUUUUUUCUUAACUUCUGUUUUCUUCUCUUCCCGCAAAGCGAAGACUAUACUUCUCUUUACGCGACAUCGACGGCACACUUUCUCACUAUUGCUUAAUUCUUUUUUGUACAUUGUAUAGAUCGUUUUUAAUGAGAGAGCGCGGUACGCUAGAUCCGAUUAAUGGCAACGGAAGGAUGCGUAAAUGCGCGAAUCGUAAAAAAGAAAAAUAUAUAUAUAUAUAUACACACAAAAUGAAUACGUGUGCUUCGCGCCCUUUGUAUUUUGUCUUCUCUUUUCUUUUUUUUCUUUUAAUAAUAUUAUUAUUAUUAUUAUUAUUAUUAUUAUUAUUAUUAUUAUUAUUAUUAUUUUUUAUUUUAAUAAUGAACGACCACGACCACAAGCGACGAAUUUUACAGUCGCUUGUUGUUUCUCCAUAUUUUUUAUCUUUUUGUUCGUUUCCUUUCGUCACAUUUAAUUUUCUCGUCCAAAUCAGUUGUCGUUUCUCAUUUUUGUUUUAUUUUUAUUUUUUUUUUUUUGUUUCCGUUUCUCAAAGCUCUGUGCUGUCCCUUCCCUUAUCCCCAUCCCUUACCCUCCACCACAUCCUAUUCCUCUUCCUCCUUGUAGUUUUUUACGAUAGAGACGACGAUGAUGAUUUAUCUCGAACGUCAUUAAGGGUAAUUUAACCUUGCGUAAUACAAAGUGUCUUUCACGCAUCGAAACUGACAUUUGAUGUAUUAAAUGUUAUCGAACGGGAAUUGAAGUUUUUUCUAUAGGCGCUGCACAAGCAGCAGCCGCAAAUAUUCCACAAAGACACGAGAUGAUACAUUUAUAUUUAAGUAGCUUUACUAUUAUUAAUGACGAUUAUGAUUAUUACACAUGAGGGGAAAAAAAAGAAAAAAAAGUGAUGAGAUAAAAAAAAAAAAAAGAAAGGAAAACAAAAUAUAAAUUAGUGUGUGGAGCUGUUUAUACUUAGGACGAUGCAUACGUUUACAACCGUGGUUACGAUUAUUAUGAAUUAUUAUUAUGACUAUGAAUAAAUAAUAUAAAAUUAGUGACAAAACACAUGGACAAGACCAUCAAGUUGCAGCACAGUAGGUAGGCACACCCCAGUACAGUAAGAUUAUUGUAAGAGGAAUAUUAUUAAUAAUAAUUAUAAUAUGACUGCUCGUUUUAUGCUCGGCGCUAUACAUUUCAUUGUCAUUAUUAUAUCACCAUUUAUUAACGAUAUACAUACGAACAAAUAAAAUGUGUUUAUAAAUA